CCUCAAACAAACAUGUCAAUGUACCAUACAAGCCCACAAUGGAAGACACACAACAAGCCCCAACCAACUACCCCUGAAACAUUAUUUGGAAGGGGAGCCACCAACCCCUCUCUCCUUCCUUAUCAUCAUAAAUCCCUCCUCCAAUUUGAAGCUUUCGUUCUUCCAACAACAGCAGUUGCUGAAAAUGGAUCCCAUAAGAAAUCAUCUAUCCCAAGAAGAAACCCAAGAAGCAGAAGAGCAGCAGAUCCAGUCUGCAGUAGCAGCCAUUGCUUCACCCCCUCCUUCUCUUCCCAUUGCAUCAAUCUCCCUAUCUCUGUCCACAAUCCUUCCUACCCACUUCCUAAACCCGCCCAAAUUCUUCGUCCAACCCGGCAAUAUCAAAAUCCCAACCCAAAUCUCUUCUCUCUCCCGCCUCACCCUCACCGCCCCUCUCUCGCCCGCAAAGCCACUCUUGAAAUCCACCGUUUCCGCAAACCCACUACAGAGCCCUCUCUCCUUGAACCCACUCCGCCCCUCCGAGCCAUCCGGUGGCGCCGCCGCUCGCCGGUCGACCAUCGUUUGGUUCCGGAACGAUCUCCGGGUGCACGACAACGAGUGCCUCAACUCCGCCAACAAUGAAUCCAUGUCGGUUUUGCCAGUUUACUGUUUUGACCCAAGAGAUUACGGGAAGUCAUCAUCUGGGUUCGACAAGACUGGGCCAUACAGGGCCUCGUUCGUGAUUGAGUCAGUUUCGGACCUCCGGAAGAACCUUCAGGCUCGAGGGUCUAAUCUUGUGGUCAGAGUUGGGAAGCCAGAGACCGUUCUGGUAGAGCUGGCUAAGGCAGUCGGGGCAGAUGCUGUGUAUGCUCACCGGGAGAUUUCACACGAUGAGGUCAAGGCUGAGGAAAAGAUUGAGAGUUUGAUGAAGGAUGAGGGGAUUGAUGUGAAGUUCUUUUGGGGAAGCACAUUAUAUCAUGUUGAUGAUUUGCCAUUUAAGCUGGAGGAAAUGCCCACAAAUUAUGGCGGAUUUAAGGAAAAAGUCAAGAGCUUGGAGGUUAGGAAUACCAUUGAAGCACUGGAUCAGUUGAGGGGAAUGCCAAGUAGAGGGGAUGUUGAGACUGGUGAAAUUCCUACUCUUUCUGAUUUGGGUCUCAAUCCUAGUGCUACUUUGAACCAGAACGGAAAGCCUUCUGCUAAUGCUUCCCUUUCUGGAGGGGAAACUGAAGCAUUGCAGAGACUUAAGAAAUUUUGUGCUGAAUGCGAAGCUCAACCACCCCCACACGAAGGGAACCACCAUGAUAGUAUAUAUGGUGCAAACUUCUCCUGCAAAAUAUCUCCUUGGCUUGCAAUGGGAUGCCUCUCCCCCCGCUCCAUGUUUGAUGAAUUAAAGAAGUCCACAUCAAGCAGAAAACUUUCUGUUGCAUCUAACAUGAAAGAUGGCGGUAAUGGCGGCACUGGCGUAAACUGGUUGAUGUAUGAGCUGAUGUGGAGAGAUUUCUUCAGGUUCAUUACCAAGAAAUACAGCUCUGCCAGACAAAACAGUACUGCUCCGGUCACCGUAUGUACAGGAGCUGCAGUAUGUUGAAGUGGAUAUAUUAUGAUUUGAUGAAUGUGGUUUGAAAUUAAUGGAAUCUUUAGCCUAAGAUGAACGCUGCGUUCGCAAGAAAAUAAUAACUCUUGAUUAUAAUUGCUCUUCGUUUGUAUGAGUAGCUGCUUUUGUUUUCUCCAAUUUGUGGUUUCUUUGGCUAUAGUGGUGUAUUUUGUAAACUUUAUGAACAGUCAUUGACAUAGUAGUCAAUGGCUAGAUAUGGCGUGCGCCAUAUGCGCCAUCGCCAUGAAAAAGUGGUCAUCGCCAUAGAGCCAUAUGUGCUAUAUGCGCCGUUCGUAUAUGCGCCAUCGCCAUGCGCCAUGAAAAUUGCCAUUGAGCCAUGGCGAUCGCCAUGCGCCAUGACAACUGUGGUCAUUGAGGAGCUUCUCCAAUCUCCCUGCUAUAGCUGGACAAUUGCAGAAUUUGAGGGUAUAUGAAAUGAAGUUAAAUUUCUUUGUUUUGGGUAAAAUGAAGUUAUUUUAGUUUUACGCAAUGAGCGCUUUUGUAGCUUACCUAACAAAAAGAACCGAACAUAUUUAAGCUUUGUAUUGCUUAGUUUGUUGUUCUGUUUGGUAGUAUGAUUCUUUAAAAAUACCAAACGCCCCUCUUUAUAGAAAGGUUCACCAAGUUAUUCCAUUAAUAUAAAAAAGCUUAACUAACACGCACUAAGGCUCAGUUUGGUAGCCCUAUUUGCCUUAUUUUGCUUAUUCGCGCAAUAAGUAAAAAGACGCAUUAAAGAGCUACUCCUUUCAUAAAAUGUAGCAGAUUGAACUGUUUCAACCGAAAGUGAGGAAAUGUGACACAGCUGAUGAGCUGACAGCACUUUAAGAUGAUACCGAUGCGCUUCAAAUUAAUUGUACGAGUAUAUUGUAAAUUACGUAGUAAUGUAAAUUAGUUCCAUGGUAAUUUUGUGGAAUUCUCGAGAAGUUAUAACCAAAAUUAUAUCAUAUUGAAUCUCAAGUUGUGUUUUUCCUUUACA